AUGGACAUAGCCUACGACCACAUCCAAGAGGAAGUCCUCUCCCCCGACCAAAUCGCCAAUAAGAAAUCACAAGACCCCAACCAAAAAGAUGGCAACCUGAACACCGAAUUCAAGGAGGCAUACAAAUCCUUUUCAUCGAGUCCCUGGGGAGCCCGCCUCGGCGGCUUUCUCAGCGAUGUCCGGAAGCACGGCGAGACUUAUUACGAGGGCGCCCGCCAGGAAGCCACUGCUGCUAGCGGUGAAGCCCUCAAAGGCUUCACGGAUCUAAGAUCUACCCUCGUUAGUCGAGCACGAUCCAUGUCGACGGGACAGGAUCCACCAUCUACACCCACGGCUGCCAGUCAGACGUUCGGUAGAGAGGCGGAGAAAGAGGGAAAGGACGACAAGGAGCGGUCUGAAAGCGAAGCCUUACGAGAAUCCGAAAGCGUCAUCUCUCGCUUCCGUGCUGAAGCCGGAAAACGGUUGAAGGAUCUCGAGAAAGCAGAAGAAGCAGCGGACGCAGCAAUCUUCAGAUUCGGUGCCAACAUCGGCAAUUUCCUCCGCGAUGCCGUGACCAUUGCUCCUCCCACCGAAGAGACCAACAAAGACGGCUCACGGAAAGUCCUCUUCGAAAGUAAAGAUCAAGAUGGCAAACGGGUCAUCCACAGCACGCGGUUCGACGCCCAAUUACACGCUAUACACUCCUCCUUGGAAAGCUUCACUUCCGAUCCUGCGAGCGCGGAGUAUGCAAAGUGGAAAGACGAUUUCGAUGUGGACAAAAAGACAGGCGCUAUAGCUCAGGAUUUGGAGAAGUAUGAAGAGCUGAGACGGACAAUGGAGAAGCUGGUGCCGGAGAAAGUAGAAUACAAGGACUUUUGGACGAGAUAUUACUUCUUGAGGAUGGUGGUGGAGACGGAGGAGCAGAGGAGGAAAGACAUAUUGAAAGGCGCCACCGAAUCCACCCACGAAAACAUCGGCUGGGACGACGACUCCGACGACGAAGAAGACAAAGCCUCCACCCCUCAACAAUCCCAACCUCCCCCAAUCGCAUCUGAAGCACCAGAGAUCUCCCCACCGCCCUCCUCCACCGACCCCAAAGCAGAUGAGCCACAGGAACCGCCCUCGCUCAAGCCCGCCGAACCACGCCGCUCCCAGGACGCUCUGUCCCAACCGGAUAGCGACACGAGCUAUGAUCUCGUGAGCGGUGCUACGAGCAGGGCGCCUGGGAGUCCGAGGGCGGGGGAGAAGAAGGAUGACGACGAGGAAGAGGAUUGGGAGUAA